AUGAUUAUAAAGUUAAAGGAUGGUGAAGAUUGUUGGGUGGAGAAUCCCAACCAUAUUAGGAAGCUGGUUGACGAUCACUUUCUGAAUGUUUUCAAAUCGGGGGGACCUCGGGACUGGGGAAACUUGCUGGAAGGCAUACAUAGUAGUGUUACUGUUGAUAUGAAUCUGGCUCUCAUGGAGUCGGUUUCCAUGGAGGAAAUUAAAGAAGCUGCUCUCCAAAUGGGGGGUUUCAAAGCGCCAGGUCCGGAUGGCUUUCAGGGGAUUUUCUACAGGUCUUUUUGGGACAUUGUUGUGGAAGAUGUCAACAAUCUGGUGAGGUCUUUUCUGCGUGAUGAGAUCAGCCCGACGGAGAUAAAUAACACCCAUAUUGUGUUGCUCCCUAAGAUUCCGAACCCUGAAUCUGUGUCUCAUUUCCGACCUAUAAGCCUAUGCAAUUAUUCUUACAAGGUGCUAUCCAAGGUUCUGGCAAUAAAAUUAAAGAUCCUUCUACCGCAGAUUAUUUCUCCUACUCAGAAUGCUUUUGUGGCAGGAAGACAGAUACAAGAUAAUAUCGGGAUCACUCAUGAUGUGUUUCAUUAUCUGAAAGGGCGCAAGUUAAAAAAUAAGUUUGAGUUGGGUAUUAAAGUUGACAUGCAAAAAGCUUAUGAUAGAGUUGAAUGGGACUUCCUCGAGGCGACUAUGGAAAAAAUGGGGUUCUGCAGCCAGUGGAGGAAACUUAUCAUGGGAUGUGUGACUUCUGUCAAGUUUGCUGUCAUUCUCAACGGGCAUCCCGGCAACAAGUUUGCCCCUUCUCGAGGCCUUCGGCAGGGCGACCCUCUAUCUCCGUAUUUGUUCCUUCUAAUUGGAGAAGUGUUAUCCAGAUUGAUCCAAGCUGCGGUGGAAAAAAAGUCUUUGGACGGUAUCAAGUUGGGAAUCACAGGGCCGGUUCUUUCUCAUAUUUUCUUUGCUGAUGAUAUGUUAAUUUUUUUGAGGGCUAAUGAGAAAAAUUGCAGGAAUCUUGUAAAUCUCCUUAAGGCUUUCUGUGCUGCCUCGGUGCAGGAAGUUAACCUGCAAAAGUCCAGUGUUUUCUUUGGAGCGAAUACUUCGGUGAGGGUUUCUGAGGAGCUGGGAUCUAUUCUGGGCAUGCCGAUUCUUGACAACCCGGGGUCAUAUUUGGGUGUCCCGGCCUGUUGGGGACGCUCAAAGAAGCAGGGUCUCGCUUAUGUGAAGGGUCGUAUUAUUGAGAAACUUCAAGGGUGGAAGCAAUGUACUCUGUCGAAGGCGGGCAAGGAGGUUCUCAUCAAGGUGGUUGUCCAAGCUGUUCCUGCUUAUCCAAUGAAUCUUUUCAAAUUUCCGGCUGUGGGAACUCACUGGCAAAUUAUGGUUGGUCAGGAUGUGAGAGUUUGGGUUGACUGCUGGUUACCCUCCAUUCCUUCGGGGCGCCCUUUUCCGCUGGGUGAGGUUGUGGUGACUAGAAACCUACGUGUUAGCUCUCUAAUUUGUCCGCAAUCUCGGGAUUGGGAUUUAUCCUUUCUGAUUCUCUUCCUUUCUGUGGCUGAUCAAGGGGCAAUUGAAGGUACGCCUAUUGGAGAUAUUAGUAGAAGUGAUAGAUUGAUUUGGGCUGCAACCAAAAAUGGUAAGUACACGGUAAAAUCUGGGUAUAGAUGGGUGCAAUCUCGGUCUCUGAGUGCGAGAGAUCAUCGCCUACCUCAUGUUCGAUCCAUCCCGGAGAAGUUGUGGAAUUGUAUAUGGAAGAUCGAUGUUCAACCUAAGAUACGCCAUUUUUUAUGGAACUCUCUGCACAAUAUUCUGGCUACUAAUGCGAAUCUGUACAGGAGGCGGUCUACCACUUCCCCCACCUGUCCUAUCUGCUUGUGUGAUGAUGAAUCUGUUGAGCAUUUGUUCCUUCUCUGUCCAUGGGUUCAAGCUGUAUGGUUUGGUGGGGCUUUGAGUUAUAGGAUUAACAGGCUGGCUAUUAACUCUUGGAUUAGUUGGCUACAUGCUAUUGUUAAUCCUGAUAUUGGUAAUCGUUCUGAGUUGUUAUGGACCCAAAGAUUGGUGGCUUAUACUUGUUGGCAUAUUUGGAAGGCCAUGUGUGCUUUUGUGUUUAAUAAGGUGCGUAUCAACCUUGUAAAUGUUGUUCUGGCCAUUUCUAAUUCUGUGGGGUCUUUCCUGGCUGUUUCCUGUGUCUCUGAAGUUGAUCGCUGGUUCAAGACGUCUUGCUCGGGUUUUGUGGGAGUGGUUUUACGCGACGCUGAGGCUCAUUUCAUUGCGGCUGCUCAUUACCACAUUCGGGCCCCCUGUGCUGCAGCUGCCGAAGCUAUGGCUUUGCUGCGGGGCUAUGAACUGGGUGCAUCUUUGGGUCUAUCUGAGGUUAUUCUGGAAUCUGACUCUUCCGAGAUGAUUUCUUGCCUUUCAAAUUCUAUAGAGAAUGACAGUUGGGAGGCUAUUCCUACUUUAGCAAGAGUAAAGCUCUUUGGGGAAACCUUCCAGAACUGUCGCUGGUCUUGUGUUCCAAGAACAGCCAAUACGGCGGCAGAUGCUCUUACGUCGCGUGAUUGUGCGGAGCUGUGUGAUGUUGUUUGGGUCGAUAGGCCUCAAUCUUCGCUUGUUUUCGUGUUAAAUAAUGAUGGUCUUCCGUGUCCACAUUAG